AUGCCGGCCGGUGUGUACUACCGACCGCCGCGAUCCGUGACGUCCGGAAGGCCGGGUGCCACAACAGCGUUCCGCCGGUCGCCGUGCCCUGGCCUGAACACUCUGGCCAACCACGGACACCUCCCGCGUGACGGCAAGAACAUCACGCUGAAGAUGGCGCUGGCGGCGGUGCGGGACAAGUUCAACAUCGGCGAGGAUCUGGCCGCCGUCAUCGGCACGCUGACCCCGGCGCGGUUCGAUCUCAACGACCUCUCCAAGCACAACGACCCGAUCGAGCACGACGCGUCACUGGCGCGCUCUGACGCGUACUUCGGCGAGGACCCGGCUUUCGUGACGCCCAGCCUCAUCAACGACGUACUGAGCUACGGCCUCGACGGCAAGGUCGAUGUGAAUGAUGUGGCCAAGAUUCAAGCCAAUCGCGUUGCCUACGGCGCGCAGUACAACCCGGAGUUCGACUUCAGUGCCUCGCCCGCGUUCAUCGCCCAAGCCGAGGGCGCUCUCUUACUUCGAGCAAUGGGUGGAGAGAACGGAAACUGCUCCAAGACUUCGUACGUGUCAACCUUCUUCUUGCUUGAGACGUUCCCGUUGGACUGGAGGAAGUCCCCCACGCCGAUCACGUACCCGGAUGUACUCGCCACGGUCUCGUACAUCAACGCGGCGCAGAUGCAGACUGUAUAA